AGACUAUAGAAUAGGUACCUAUAAUAAUAAUAGUAUUAUAUUAGUGACUAUUUAUGUCUGUUUUUUGCAUAAAUAUUGGGGUGACACAUAAAUCUUUAUUAUCUAUGAAUAAAUACUAAAUAUUGUGAUAAUUUAUUUUUUUUAAUUUUUGUAAUGCUUAUAAUUUUGUGUAGUUGCUCUGAAGAGUGAAGACCACUGAACUAUUGAGUGUUAGGAAUUUCAGAAGUACCUACUUCGAUGUGUCACAUAACAUCAUAGUUAUAUUUUAUAUCGGUAUGAAAGAGAAAACGAUUUUGGUUAAACAAAACCCAAUACUGAAAGUAGUCAUUUUGGGAAAUAGUAAUGUUGGAAAAUCAUGUCUGAUGAACAGGUUUGUAAGUAACAGUUUUAGUGAACAAACACUUCAUACAUUAGGUGUAGAAUUUCUUCAAAAGGACCUCGAUGUCAAUGGAAUUAUAUAUACUUUACAGAUUUGGGAUACUGCAGGACAAGAAAGGUUUCGAACAUUGCGAACUCCUUUUUAUAGAGGAACUGACAUUUGUUUGCUGACAUUUGCUGUUGACGAUGUCCAAAGUUUUAAAACUGUAGAAUCAUGGAAAAAAGAAUUCUUACAAUAUUCCAGGACAACUGAUGUGAAUUUUCCAUUUGUUGUUGUUGCUACAAAGGUAGACUUACAAGAUCGAGUAGUUUCUAAAGAUGAAGCAGACGAAUGGUGUUCAGAAUAUUUGAAUGCUCCUUAUGUUGAAACUAGUUCUAAGACAGAUAUGAAUAUAGAGACUGCAUUUACUUUAGCUGUUGAAGUUUGGGCUUCUAUAGAAAGGACUCCUGAAUUAAAAUUAUCACAUACAAAUUUAGUAAAAUUAUCUAGACCAAUUAAUGGUAAUGCUGCUUGUCCUACAGCUGAAAUUGUGUCGUCUAAGUGUUGUUAAAAAUACAUGAUGGAUUAUGCAAUAACUUUGUGUGCAGUGUGCUUUAGUAUACAAUUUUUGUUACAAGGAUAAAGUAAUUAGCAAUAAUACAUAUUACAUAUUAUUUGUUUUUCAUAAAGAAAAUUUUUGAGGUAAUAUAAAAUAAAAUUUCAAGAAUAUGAAUAUUCAUCCUAUUAUUUUAUUGAAAAUUAUGUUUUAAUUAUGAAAUACAUAUACUUUAUUACUUUUUAUAUUUAAGGUAUUGAAAAAUUGUUGUUAAUUUAUAACAAUUCUAAAUCAUAAAUCAUAAAGAUGAUAUUAAAAAUUCCAUUUUACAUAAAUAAAAAAUUCAAAUUUUAAAAGUUUUGUUAUAGGUACAAUUAAUGAAUUUUAAAUAAUCAAUAUUUAUUUUAGAAGACAUUCCAUUAAUUUAUUUUUAUAAACUUUUGACUGAAAAUAAUUUUAAAUUAUAAUAUUAUGUAUAGGAUAUUUUAAGCUAUUUUCUUUGUAUACUUGACAAGUAUAGCAAUAACCAAAUUAGCAAGUAAUUUGUGUAUACUAUUUUAUCUGGGAAAUAUAUAAGCAUAUUGGCUGUUCCAUUGAAUUGUUUCAUAUUUAUAUUUUCUGUCAAUCAUUGGGAAGUGUACUAGUAACUAAUAAUUGGAGAACUAUCAAUACUAUCUAUUAGCCGAAGUACAUCAGUCAUAGGAAUGUUGCUUUUUAUUCAUUUAUUAUUUUAAGAAAAUUUUUAUCAAUGUUCAGUAUUGUAUUUUAUUUUUAAAUAUUAAAAGCUAUUUUAUUUUAUAAUA